AUGUCCUCGUCCUCCCUACACCUGUCGCAGUUCCGGAAAUGGCUUCUCAUGUCGCCACCCAUAGUCUGGAGCCUCCAACGCCUCCGUGAGCUCCUCAUUGGAUCUCUCCGGCAGGGUCCCAUUCCUCAGCACAUCGCAUUUGUCAUGGAUGGCAACCGGCGCUACGCUCGUACCCACCAUAUCGAAACUGUGGAGGGGCAUAAUUUAGGCUUCGAAGCUUUGGCCAGAAUCCUGGAAGUGUGCUACAAGUCUGGUGUCAAGGUCGUGACAAUCUACGCCUUCAGUAUUGAGAACUUCAAGCGCUCCAAGUACGAAGUGGAUGCGCUCAUGGAUAUGGCAAAGUUCAAGCUGUCGCAGAUUGCCCAGCACGGCGACCUGCUUGAUCGCUACGGUGCUAGAAUUCAAAUCCUGGGACAGCGUGAUCUUCUGAAGCCCGACGUAAUUGAGGCUAUGGACCGAGCCGCGGAGAUGACAAAGGGAAACAAGAAGGCCGUUCUGAACGUCUGCUUCCCUUACACUUCCCGCGACGAAAUCACCACUGCUAUCCGCAACACUGUUGUGGACUACAGCAAACCUCACCCUCCUCCUCUCCGCCGACCAUUCUCUGAAGGCCACAUCACCCGCAACAUCCGCGCGCGUAAUCUUGGGACUGUCUCUGAAGAAGAUUCCCCUGAGGCUGGUGACAAUACCCCUGCCUCCCUGAAUGGGGACAAAGCUUCCGACGCACCCGUCUCCGACGUUGCUUCUACAAACUCCCUGACCCUGCACGAAUCAACGGACGGCUUGAAGGAGGAGAAGGUGCCGGACAACUACCCUGACCCGGAAACCAUCACGGCCCAGACACUCACGGACCAUAUGUUCACUGAGGGCAACCCGCCCUUGGACUUGUUGAUCCGGACGUCGGGAGUUCAGCGUCUUAGCGACUUCAUGUUGUGGCAGUGCCACGAGGAUACCCAAAUCGUGUUUCUGGAUACCCUGUGGCCCGAGUUCGACCUAUGGCAGUUCUUGCCCGUGCUCGUCGAGUGGCAGUGGAGACAGAGGAAGAUACAGAGCGAGGAAAAGGCGCGACUGAGGCUGCAGGUUGCCUGA